AUGUUUGCUCUUGGACAGAGCCUCGCUCAUAUUGGAAUGCCCUGGCAGAAACGGUCGAGGCCACCGGAGGUCCAAGUCAUUACCUUCUCCCUUUUUGCCUCCUUCACUUUUGCCAUUUCACAAAGUUGUGAAAUCCAAAGGUUUGCAAAAACUCUGCACAAUGCGGCCUCCUGUCGAUAUUGUCCCCUUGUGGUUCCAAUCGACCUGUUCCGACGCCAUAUCCGGACUUACCAUCCGCAAAGAGAACUGCCGCCGUCUCGAAAAUAUAGGGCAUAUAGUGCAUGUCAUGCACGGAAAGUCCGUUGUGAAGGUGUACUACCAUGCAAUGCCUGUCAACAUCGCGACGUCUUCUGUGUGCAUAGUGGGGGUGAAACUGUAAGCGAACAACAAUUUUCGAUCGAUGAUUCCUGCCCUUUGUCGCCUGUUUCCACGAUUAAUGAUUCCGUUUCUGACGCUCCCGGUGGAUUGCUCAUGACUAUAUUGAUAUUUACUUUAAUACUUUUCAUCCAAGAUGGCCGUUUCUCCAUCGAAGUACAUUUGACUUCGCCAACGAACCUUGUGUACUUGUUCAAUCUGUUGUCGCCAUCUGACUUUGGAUGA